AUGCGCGCAAACCCUAAAGGCCCAAUCCCCGCCUCGUGCCACCACGACGUCUCGCGCUUCACUUCCUCCGAGGUCCACACUCCUCCUCCUCCCCAUCGCUCCGACGGCUCGUUUGUGGCGAGGGCUACACUCGAGCCCGUCUGGGGAUGCCUUCAACUCUCCGCCUUCGCCACGGUCCUUCCCCAAGGCAUCAAGCUCGCCGUAACAUCGACCACGACCGGCGGCGGCGACGAUAUCGUGCUGCGCGGCGUGGUGUCUGGCCGAGCGAGGAAGUGA